ACGCCGCCAAAUUUGAAGCAGUCGUUGCCGUUGGAAGACGGUAACUCGAUAACCGCCAAAAUAGUUCAAUCAAGAGAAUUUAGUGCAAACGUGAACCCCAAUACUGGGGUGCAAACCAGCAAUAUUAUUACCCACAAUCCGUUAAGCGUUUACGGAAGUGGCGUUGUAUGCCACUCACCGUCAGCGCCAUCCGGAUUCUUUAAUCCAUGCGGUCCAUCAGAUUUGGGCGCCCUCGAACUCGGCCACUUUCCACGUUCGAUGGCCCUAGCUGUUGCACAGCCAGCUACCAGCGCCUGGCGUGAACCGAUGAGCUCACAUCUAUCAUCGGUGCUAACGCCAAAAGUGGAAGAGCUAACACAAUUGUCGUCAGGCCUGUCUGGUCUGUCAUCAAACAAUGUCACAACGAGCGCAAACAACGGCACCACCGUUACACCGACCUCAAUAACACCGAACGGUACGGCAAAUCCUGUGAUUAGUUCUGGUUUAAAUAGUCGAGAUUUAGUGCAACAAAGUACAACGCCCAGCUCACAGGCAAACAGCUCACAGAGCGGUGGCUCACAAAAUGAUCAAAAGAACUCACAAAACAUCGAAUGCAUUGUAUGCGGCGACAAAAGCUCCGGCAAGCAUUAUGGCCAAUUCACAUGCGAAGGUUGCAAAUCCUUUUUCAAACGAUCCGUACGAAGGAAUCUCACAUACACAUGCCGAGGGAAUCGAAACUGUCCGAUCGAUCAACAUCAUAGGAAUCAAUGUCAAUACUGUCGUCUAAGAAAGUGCCUAAAAAUGGGAAUGCGACGAGAGGCCGUUCAAAGAGGUCGAGUACCACCAUCGCAACCGACUGGUUUGCCAGGAAUGCAUGGCCAGUAUUCAUUAGCAAAUGGCGAUCCUAUGUCUGUCGUUGGAUACAACAGUAGUCAUCAAUAUCUCAGUUCCUAUAUAUCGUUGUUAUUGCGCGCCGAACCAUAUCCUGUAUCACGUUAUGGUCAAACGAUGCAACCAAAUAAUAUGAUGGGCAUCGAUAAUAUAUGCGAAUUGGCCGCUCGUCUUUUGUUUUCUGCCGUUGAAUGGGCAAAAAAUAUACCACUGUUCCCUGAUCUACAAGUUACCGAUCAAGUGGCGCUAUUGCGUCUCGUGUGGUCUGAAUUGUUUGUACUGAAUGCGUCACAGUGUUCGAUGCCAUUACAUGUGGCACCAUUAUUGGCUGCAGCCGGUUUGCAUGCAUCCCCAUUAGCAGCUGAUCGUGUGGUCGCAUUCAUGGAUCACAUUCGAAUUUUCCAAGAGCAAGUGGAAAAGCUGAAAGCGUUGCAUGUCGACACAGCCGAAUACUCAUGUCUCAAGGCAAUCGUAUUGUUCACAACAGGUAAGCUGUUGGAUAUUCUCUUUACAGAUGUGACAGCACUACUAACCAAAAUCACAAGCAUUCAUAUGCAAUUAACCACCGAAACGGAUAUCGUACAUGCGGUCAAAGACCAUUUAAAUAAUAUGUAUGUCGAUUCGGCAAUGAUAUCCACAUCAACAGCGAAUGCAAUCACAUCAACAUCAUCAUCGCAUUUAUUCAACACCAGUUCAUCGUCGUUAUUGAACAGUAAUAAUAAUAAUAACAGUAGCAUUUGCGAUCAAAAUAAUAGCUCAUUCUCAUCGUCUGGCUAUCAUACGAAUAAUACAAGUCUGAAUUCAUCAAACCAUACAAAUAAAUCGUUUGCAUCGCCGAAAAGCAACAAUAGCACUGGCAGCAUUGGAACGAUCAAUUCGCCCACCCCAUUUAUGCCAAGUGUAUCGGCUGCAAGUCUUGCAACACCAACAGUUACAGCUCCAAGCAGUAGUCUGUUCUAUCAUCAAACACCACAAUCAUCACGUCUAUACACUACAUUGGAUGGGUAUUCGCCGACCUGUUCCGCAUUCAGUAGCGUCGGAUCAGGUCAUAGUAGUGCAUUUACUAGUCCAGAUUUUCGAUUUUCACCGUAUAGCUUUGGUAGACGGUAGUGUUUUGCUUUGUGUGCUGCGUUUGUAUUAAAGAACAAAUUGAAUUUGUAAAUAUACCAUUUUGUUGUUAUCUCGAUUCGAUUGUUUGUUUUGGCCAUCUGACUUUGACGCGCGCGCUACUUUGUUACCAUCAAACACGACUUUGUUCGUGUAUUUGGUAUAAAUUCAUAACCAAUUUUUUUGCUCAAUCUCUGUUAUGACAUUGAAUUCAAUUCCAUGAUGUAGCGGUAAAUGAGAGCAAUUUUACUAAUUCCAUUUUCUGGAAAAAUCGCCUUUUUUCACACAACAAAUUGCUCUCUUUACCGCUACUUCAAAAACCAUAGGCUCAAACGAUUUUAUCGUUACUUGUUUUAUCAAUCAAGUUGAAUUUGCUCGUUAAUUGUAUUUAUUCUUUUGUAUUUAGUUAAAAUUUAGCUUAAUUCGUUACGAAUAGUUCAUACACAUCGCCUAGAAUUUAGGUUAUAGGCUCGGCUAUAGUAAAUUAUCAUCAUGUUAGAAUUAGAGAAACAUAAAACACUUAGAUUUAGAUGUCAUUCAAACUGUUAAAGGUGUUAGGUAACACUUUCAAAGGAUUAAUCGAAACGGAUCAAAAUAAAGGGAAACUUAUUUUAUACAGAAAAUCUUUAGUCUUCUUGCUUUCUUCUAUCGCUAUCGCUUUAUCAAAAUUUCGACAUUCGAAUGCCACCCAAUUGGGCUUCCUGAAACAUUUUAUUGAGGUUUAUUGUCACUUCCAAUCUUUUUGGGGUUUUUUAUUUUGCUUUUUUUAAAUAUUUAUUUGCUGCUUUUUAGAUUAU